UUCAAUGUUACUAAGAUAAGCAUUUCCCGAGAACCAUCACGUACCCGAAACCUGGUCUCCAGUACAAGAGUAUCCCGGGAUCGUGCUAGCACGGCGAUCUUCGAGGCAUCAUCACGCUGAGGAACACAAGGCACCGAUGUAGACACAUUGAAUUCGGGGUUUCACGUGCCAAAACCAUGAUAUGACUAUAAAGCAGGCUGGGGAUCUUCAACGUGCACCUAUAGAUGCAAGGUAUGCAGCCGCUCCGGCGUAGAAAUGCGGCCGCAGCGGUCGGGAAUCGAAACCGUGACCUCGUGCUUAGUCACCGCAGCGGGUAGCGAUGUAGUCGAGAUAUGGUGUCACCGAUGAGCGAGCGCGAAAUGUAAUCAAACUUCUUUACCGCCGCGAUCAGAUAGAGGGGCUUUAGAUCAGACAGCUCAACAGCAAGCACAGCAAGGUCGAGCACAAAGCAAAUUGCGUUCACCGCGUGACGCAUUUUGACCAAUCAAGAGUAGCGGCGCACAGCAUCCACGAGCCGGUGGGUGGCCGGGCCACUGACUGGGCGCAAGUGAAUGUGCGCAACGAGACCGCAGCAGCAGUGACCAUGCGACGGCGCCUGGCAACGCGCUUAGUUGCCCUCUUUCAGUCGGGGACGCUCCACUGUCGUUUGACUCAAAGCCUAACGAAUGUCAUAUACCUGGCGCAUUUUGGUAUUUUGUGACCACGAAUAGGUGACCAUUUCGACGAGACUGCCUCGUCUUCCUUGGAGGAUUACAUGGCGUCACAAAUCGCCACGUUUCUUGUGGUGUCAUCGGUUAAGCAGACCGGCAAGGACGGCGAGGCUCCUGCCGUGAGACGGAUUUCGACGCCGGCGGAGCGAGGUCCACGCGAUGAGCAACCUGCAGACAGAGAAAUCAAAGUCGAUGACCGCAACGAAGCUCCGGCUGUAACCGGAAGGCUGAUCACCGCCAGGCCCGCCUUCACGCCACGUACCGCCGGAACUGGCCAACAGGGCACCUCCAAGCAGGAGCCCGAAGGGCCCGGCAAGAUGGCGCCACCUGAUACGUUGGUUGUCCAGUCACGGAGUCUGUUGGAAACGUUUCCGGGAAAGACUCCGAACGCUUCACCAGCCAGCGACAGCCAACGAGGACGCACGCUCAAGUGCUCCUCCGUGGUCAGCACGGUGGUCUGCGGCACCGUCGUCUUCGCCGUCGCGUCCAUCGUAGUGGCCGCCGCCCUCGCCACCAAGAUAGCUGUACAGUCGUAUUACUCCGCACUAACGAUGAGGCUGCACCUCGUCGAGGAACUGGCCAACGUUUGCGAGACCCGCGGAUGCCGACAAGCGUUGUCGCUCAUCAACGCGUCAUGCCUAACAUCCGUGGACAUUUGCCGUGACUUCUACGGUUUCGUGUGCGGUCGCUGGGAUUGGAGAGCGCCGACAGGCAUUAAGCCUUUGUCCUACGCCAAGAUACUCGGUUUGAACUACAGCUCCUUGGUGGACGAAGCCCUUGCCCGCACUCUAUCUUCACCACAGGCUAAAGACACCGACGGCUAUAACAUAGCGCUGGUCUACAGUUCCUGCGUCAGCUUCUUAGCCAACACGACCACAAACCUGGACAACAUGUUCAAAGCAGCCAGCGUAAACCCUCGAGCUUUCCUCGAUGUUAACGACUUCUCGCAGCUCUUUUCUCUGACAAUUCAGACCAUUGUUAAGACCAGACUGACGUCGGUCGUGAAAGUGGUCUACUUCACGGCGAACACAACUGUAGGCGUCCUGACAGGAACCUCCAUGCGCUCGUCAUCUUUCAUACCGGAAAUUCAAGAAGCCUUGCUCGAGCAACUAGCCUCGUCACUCGAGGACAGAAGCGUCUUCAAGAUGGUUGACGCAAUAGAGAAGCUAGACGAACUGAUUCGAAACAUCACCGAGCCUCAUUUAAAGAAGACCGCGCUCAACGAAGCCUUGACGGCCAGAGCAGAUUUUCCAGCUCGUGGCGUAUACUGGAAGGACAUCUUGAAAGAACAAGUUUUGGCUCGGCCUCUUGUGUCUAAGCGCCUUCCCGUUGCACGUACGAACAGUGAACGCGCAAUUCAAAGCAUAGUUCAGAAGCUAGCUUCAGCUCCCUUAGAGGUCGCCAAGGUCUACUUGAUCCUGGUUCCUUUCGCGAGAUACCUCAGUUUCGAGCUCAAGGUUGCAUCUCGACGAAACUUCUUGCUAGAUUCCAUGAAGGCCAACACGUGUGUUCGCUACCUCUACGCAAUGUUUGGAAUGAGGGCACACGCUGUCCUAAUGGAAGUAAUGGGCACUAGUAAGGCCGCAGUCCGGAGUAGUCAAAUGUGGCAGAAUUUAAAACAAAAAUCUCAAGUUCUUGUCGAAGUUGGCACCGGCUUUACGCUCAUGAAAGAUGCCCUACUGAAUGCAACGCUCAAAUCUCAUAAAGACAAGCCGGACGUCAGCGGCGUGCUGCGAGUGCUGUACGGUAAUGAUUUCAUGGCCAACCUCAUAGUGCUGGCGAGGCACGCGGAGAAGCAGACGGAGCUGGAUCCCUCUCUGUUGCCUAUGGAGAGCGAAGCUGAAGUGGCAACAGAACACCUUGUGCCGGAUUUUUACUACGACGAUGCCACAGAAGCCAGCGUCAACUAUGGGACUCUUGGCGGCUACAUGGCCCGGAUGCUUUUCGCUGCCGGCUUUCCCAAAAUAAAUCCCCGCGCGUACGUCGACUGCGUGGACAAGUAUACAGCGCACCACGGCAUACCGUUCGACAAGACAGACUGGCAGCGCUACGCCAAGAUGCAGUGGUCCAUGAAUGUAGCCUUCGAAUCACUACCGAGGGAAUUGACAGCUCGUUCCCCCGUUCUGCAAGAGCAGUUCUUCUUCCUUCGCUACGCCAUAUUUCUCUGCGGCGAAGACGCGCCAGUGAAAAAGAGUUUUCAGUAUGCCGUGAAAACUUCUCGUAGCUUUGCGACAGCUUUCAACUGCUACGAGCCGCCUAAGAACCCUUGCGUCUAAGCUGUGGCAUUGCCUUACUUUAGUCGACGAUUACGUUAUAAAUAAUAUCAGCACUGCCUGUCAUUUGUACGGUUAUCCUGACAUUUUAAGCGUUGCACUCCUUAAUUGUCGCAUGUUUGCUGCCACCUCCAUUAUCAGCUUAGAGGCACCGUCUCUGGAGUAUGUUCGAAUGAGGGUGUAUUAUGCCUUAUUUUAAUUAUACUUGUUUGUUUACAUCACUACUGCUCCUUUUAUGUGGAUAUAUGUUUAACGCCGGAAGGUAACACAAUUCAUAACGGAAUAUUCCGGGUGGCGUCCUCAAUAU